GCACAGAUGGAGUCCAGCAGGUGUUCCGUGUGCAGCCAGAUAAUGUGACCGCAGUGCAGGGGUCCACACAGUUGCUGGUCUGUGAGGUGGAGCACGCAACGGGCGCAGUGCAGUGGGUGAAGGACGGGCUCCUGCUGGGGCCUGAUAGGAGGAUUCCAGGAUUUCCCCGCUACAGCAUGAGUGGAGACCCCCAGAAAGGGGAGUUCAAUCUACGCAUCGAGCUCUGCGAGCUGUCAGAUGACGCACAGUAUCACUGCCAAGUGGGGAGGUCGGAGGUCAGCAUGGGGAUUAUGUCAUAUGCUGCAAUACUCACCGUACAAAUCCCCCCAGAGGAGGUUGUAUUUAAGGAAUACGUAGCCGGAAGUUCAGCCACAUGGGUUCAUGGGGUGGAGUACCCGGUUACGUGCAGCGUCCUCAAUGCCAAACCAGCUGCUACACUGAUCAUCACCAAGAGUGGGGUGGAGGUAUCAUCAUCAUCCAGCAGUCAGCCGGGAUCCAUCAACAAGUUAGAGAAUACGGAGACAACAGCCAUGGUCACCCCACAAAGUACCGACAAUGGAAAACUACUGGUCUGCUCUGCGCUAAAUCCGGCUCUUCAGACACCACUGACCGUGAGCUUCACCAUGAAUGUGCUGUUUCCCCCUGACCUCCCGACCAUUCACGGUUACGAAGGUCCAUCCGUAAAGUCUGAGGAAACCUUGAAGCUCAGCUGUACGUCCCAUAGUGGGAAUCCUUUGGCAACUCUGCAGUGGUUGAAGAACGAUGAGGUGGUGAACACCCGCUGGGAGACGGACAACAACAGACGACUCUCCAGAAGUUUCCUCAAUAUAAAUGUCAAACCGGAACACAACCAGGCGGUCAUCAGCUGCGAGGCCGUCAAUCACGUGACGCCGGUGGUCCUCCGGGCCAGCAUCACCCUCAAUGUCCUCUUUCUUCCCACCAAAGUAACAAUCCUGGGCACGUCCAGUGGUCCCGAGAACACAACCCUGUCCUUCUCCUGUUUCACUGCAUCCAGUAAUCCCCCCGUCUACAUCCGCUGGUGGCUGGGGGCCGUAGAGCUGGAGGACACCGUGGUCACCAUAACUGAUUCCACUCAUGGAGGGAAGAUGACGAUGUCCAAUAUGACCGCUCUGGUCCAGAGGGAACACAAUGGGAUGUCUCUGACCUGCGAGGCGUUUAAUGAGGCUCUUCUCUACACCAAAGCGAGCAGCGUCCAGCUCAGCGUUCAGUAUCCUCCUCAGAAGAUCUGGAUUGAGGCUCCUCCCUUGGACACUCGUUUUCGGGCCGGAACACGUGUGAAGAUGACCUGCCUGUCCAGUGGGGGCCACCCAGGGCCCCGACUCACCUGGCUUAAGGAUAAGAAAACAGUGUCCGAGGGGCGGACGAUAUCUGCAGGGAAGAUUGUUUCCAGAGAGAUCACCAUUGAAACCGCGCCGAGUGACAACCAGGCAACCUACCGCUGCAACGCCACCAACGAUGGGAAGACCAUACUGACCGCCACCACCAAGCUCCACAUCCAGUUUCCUCCAAUUGACAUCAAAAUAAUUAACCCACCCAAACAUUAUAAACGUGGGAGCACCAUCACCUUGGAGUGCAGGACCGGCAGCAGUAACCCCGAAUCAACAAUAUCCUGGAUCAAGGAUGGAGUCAUUUUGAAAGGAAGAGACCUGGGGAUGAGGAAUGUAGAAUAUGGUGGGAAGUCGACCUCCAGCAGCGUCACACUAACAGUGUCUUCUGCAGACAACGCCAAGCGCGUCUCCUGUGAGGCCUACAGCGUGGCCUUGAGUGAGACCGUCAACACCUUCUAUAAGCUGAGUGUUCUGUUUCCCCCAGAAUUCACAGAUGAGCAGCCGAAGGUUGUCCAGGCCGUGGAGCACGGAGCGGCCCUCAUCCCAUUAUACAUCCGGGCCAAUCCUGCCGAGGUCAACUACACCUGGAGUGUACGAGGGCAAGUACUAAACCGAGAAGGAGCUCACAGGCACCACCUGAAAGGAGCCGGAUCUCUGGAAAUCUGGAACGUCAGCCGGGCCGAUUCUGGAGUCUACAGCAUAACCUGCGAGAACAAAGAGGGGAAGAACAGCACCAGCAUCCUGCUCGACGUCCACUAUUCUCCGUCCAUCCGCAGCCUUGUGGACCCUACAGAAGUGGAUCUGGGAGGGAGAGCGGAGCUGGUGUGCGUUGCGGAUGCGAAUCCCGUCAGUGACGCCAUGUUUCAGUGGAGAUGGCUGGGGGAUGAGGAGAGAGACCUGACCGCUCUAGAAAAACAAGUUGAUGGCGUGACCGGGCGACUCAUCAUCGAUGACGCCAAGAGGUCGGACGCCGGGCGCUACGAGUGCAUGGUGGACAAUGGAAUCCCCCCUCCAAUCAAGGCCGAUGCCCGUCUGGUUGUGCGCUUUAAGCCGGAGAUAGAGAAGGGCGUUCACCUGAGUAAAGUGGCCGUUCCUGGAAAUGGGAAAUCCUCUACAGGGCUGGAGUGUAAAGCUGAGGGGAUCCCAAACGUGGCCUUCAGCUGGGCGAAGAACGGUGUCACCCUGGACUUCAUGAGCCCCAGAUUUCUUAGGUAUUCAGUGAAGACUUCUCACGAGUUGUGGAUCCACAGGAGCACGCUCAUCAUCGCCAAUGUCAGUGCCGUGCACGACUACGCCAUCUUUACCUGCACCGCGACCAAUGCCCUGGGAGUGGACAGCUUCUCCAUCCAGCUUGUCAGCACCAGUCACCCCGAUCCCCCUACUGAUCUGAAGAUCUUGAGUGUCGCUCACAACUCCGUGACCCUGGGAUGGAAGGAGGGGUUUGAUGGAGGACUGGAGCAACAAUUCAGAGUCAGAUAUCGGAUGAGUGGCGCCGAUAGUUACAUGUACGUGGACGUCUUCCCGCCUCUGUCCACUGUUUUCACUAUCGUUGGACUAAAGGGCGGCACGGUGUAUAACUUCUCUGUGAAUGCUGUUAAUAAGUUGGGCGACAGCGACUAUUCAGAUGGUGGAGCUGUACUCACAGUCACCACACAAGUAGACACUGAUUUGAAGAUCCCCGAACCCACAGGACCCGCUGCUCCUGCCCCGACAGCCGAUGGUUUCCCGUGGAGCUUGUAUAUAUUUGGUGCCAUCGGUCUGGGGGGCACUCUCCUUCUCCUUUGUAAUUUGGGGCUCGUGUUCUGGCUGGUGAGGAGAUUCAGAAGGAGGAUAAUAGAAGGAGACGCAGUGAAGAAGGACGAGAGCUCACACUGUGGGGCCCUCAAUGAGUACGGGGACGGCGAACUGAUCAAUGCACACGCAAAGAAGACGCUACUGAUCGACAGCGGAUCCGAGAGUGGCAGCAGCAUCUACCACGACAGCGGAUCAGACUCCGGACUAUAUUACUACCCAACCCGGGACUACCAGCCCACACUGUCCCCCCACUACGAGAGCACCGAAAAGGGGGACCCCGAAUAUCAGAGCUGGGCCGGCACCUAUGAGGACGGGUUUGGAGGUUCUGACCACCAUGAAUACGAGGAAGUUCGAGGGGAAUAUCCAACAUCCCAGAAAACAAUAUGGCCGUCCAGCGCUCUGGACAGAGCGGAGCAGUCGUGGGAUGGACACCCGGGACCCAGAGGUUGGGGGUACGAUGAACCAGAUUUGUCUGUGACCUAUGAGACUCCGUACGGGGGGCAGGGACACUUGGUGUGAGAUGUUAGGAAGGACCCUAAGACCUCCCAAAUACAGGAGUUGGGAAUCUUUCCUCAUUUCCUACUCUGUAAUAAUUCUUUAAUCUAAUUUAUUUGUGAUCUUUAAGCCUUUAGUCCAAUACAAAAUGGUAAAACAUAAAGAAUUAAAAAAAGAGUAAAAUAACACAUUAUGGGUGCAUAGUGUCACAGAGGAGAUUAGGUCUACA